AUGGAGCACCUCCCCGACGGUCUCUUAGCGCACGUGUUUUCGCUCCUGACGGCUCGAGACGUCCUUCAGAUGACCUCAACAUGUCGUGCAUUAUCUCCAUCCAGUCAUGCUGUUAAACAGGCUCUCGAAUACGUCAUUACGCGUCGAUUUACCGACGUGACGAGCUUCCUGCCAUCCUCGUCCAGUCACUGGCCACGCUCGCUCGUUGUACUGCGAGGCGCUGAGCUUCUUUACAUUAAAGAGCUUUUGUCAAAAUCUACUGCUCAUUCGUAUGAAGAAGCCGCGUCCUGCUCGCCCAACUGCGUCGUCGUGAGUCGCUCGUGGCUUGGCGCAUACAAGAAACGCUGCCAAGCUUUUGAGCAUUUUUUGCUGCAAUUCCGACGGACAAAACGACAGCAACGACGACAAAAUGCAUCGAAAAAGAAGGACAUGUUGACAUUAGAGAAGCUUAAAAUUGCACCCCAUUCGUCGCUUGCUGAGGCAGGAGCGAUGGUUGUUUGUAGCCAUGAUGCACUGUUGCCAGCCGCACAGUGUGUAGGACGCAGUCGACGCGCUAUUCUCAAUGGGGAUGUGUUUAGAGCGAUCACAGUUUAUGCUCCCGAGCUGAGGGGAUUCACACUCAAAUCGUGCAGUGACUGCACGGUGUGUGUGCUGGAGCAGGAGAACCGGGAGCUGGAGGCUGAGGAGAAGAAGAGAAUGAGGUUUGAGAGGGAAAUUGCAGGAUCUGAAGAGAUGUUGGAGUUACUCCAGAGAAAAAAUGGAUUCCCGAAAGGGUUGUUCUCGCCCAUGGACUUGGCGGGGAGCAGAAGGCAGCAGCUUGCGCCGCAUUUAUCCAUGAAUGGUCGAAGCAAGCACGCCACCUACUUUUUGGUGCCUAAGAAAUGGCUGAACAAGUGGAGAAAAUUUGUGCGCAGUCAAGAAGACGAAGCCCCGGGCCCAGUGCUGAAUGCUGAGCUCGUGUGUUUAUCGCAUCAGAGAACGAUUGUGCCACCUUACGUUUCCAUGUUCUUGUCAGGAUUCACGCUCGAGCAGUCACUCAAGGCCACGCAAAUUCUCGGUUCCAAACCUGCCCGUCAGUACGAAAUCGUCACGUUUGGCGAGUGGGAAGCUCUGUACGACCGGUAUUGUGCCGAGUUCGCUAUCGGCUUUGAUGUUGUCAACGGAGCAUACCACUGGCGAACGCAAGAAUGCCAAAUUUGCAAUUAUGGCAUGGGCGGCGGACCAUCGUCUAACCAACCAAACCCACGGCGUUGA